AUGCAGCGAGUCGUUCCGCAGCGAGCGCGCCAGCUCUGGGGCCAUGCGCCGCGCGUGCGGUCCUUCAACAGCCGCAGCCGCAGCCGCAGGACAUUCGCCAGCGUCUCUGGCUCCGAACAACCCUACGAUGUCAUUGUCAUCGGCGGCGGCCACGCUGGCUGCGAAGCGUCUGCUGCAGCCGCCCGCUCCGGUGCGCGCACCGCACUCGUCACGCCCUCGCUGUCGAACCUCGGCGUGUGCUCGUGCAAUCCUUCCUUUGGCGGCAUCGGCAAGGGCACCAUGCUGCGCGAGAUUGACGCCCUGGAUGGCCUCGUCGGCCGCAUCGUCGAUAAAGCGGGCGUCCAGUUCCGCGUCCUGAACCGCAAGAAGGGCCCGGCCGUCUGGGGGCCGCGGGCGCAGAUCGACAGGGCGCUGUACAAGAAGUACAUGCGCGAGGAGAUGGAGGGCUACCAGGGGCUGAGCGUGGUCGAGGGGAGCGUGGCGGAUAUCAUCGUGGAUCGCACGGAAGAGGAGGGGAGGAAGGGGAGCUACGGGAAGAUCACGGGUGUGCGGUUGGAGAGCGGACAGAUUAUCCCUACGGCGAAUGUCGUCAUCACCACAGGCACGUUUCUGGGCGGCGAGAUCCACAUCGGACUGGACGCCUACCCGUCCGGGCGCAUGGGCGAGGCUGCCACGUUUGGGCUGAGCAAGAGUCUGAAGGAAGCUGGCUUCACGCUGGGGAGACUGAAGACGGGCACACCGCCGCGGCUGGAUGCAAAGUCGAUCAACUUCAAGAUCCUCGAGGCGCAGGAGGGAGACGACCCACCGACGCCCUUCAGCUACCUCAACAACCGCGUACAGGUGGAACGGCAGCUGCUCAACCACGAGACCCGCACCAACGAAGCCGGCCACGACAUCAUCCGCCAGAACCUCGACAAAUCCAUACACAUCCGCGAGACCGUCAAGGGCCCGCGCUACUGCCCCUCGCUCGAGAGCAAAAUCAUCCGCUUCACGGACAAGUCGUCACACAUCAUCUGGCUCGAGCCCGAGGGCUUUGACAACGACAUCAUCUACCCCAACGGCAUAUCCUGCACCGUGCCGCCCGACGUCCAGCAAGCCUUCCUACGCACCGUCCGCGGCCUCGAGAACGUGACGAUGCUGCAGCCGGGCUAUGGCGUGGAGUACGACUACGUCGACCCGCGGCACCUACGCUCGACGCUCGAAACGAAGAACAUCGCGGGCCUCUUCCUAGCGGGCCAGAUCAACGGCACGACGGGCUACGAAGAAGCAGCCGGCCAAGGCGUCGUGGCAGGCAUCAACGCAGGACUCCGCAGUCUGGGCAAAGACGCCAUGGUCCUGACACGCGCAGACGGCUACAUCGGCAUCAUGAUCGACGACCUCAUCACAAAGGGCGUCUCCGAGCCCUACCGCAUGUUCACCUCGCGCAGCGAAUACCGCAUGUCUGCACGCGCCGACAACGCCGACACGCGCCUCACGGCCCUAGGCCGCACGCACGGCGUAGUCAGCGACGCGCGCUGGUCAGCCUUCACAGCAGAGCAAGAGGCCAUAGCCUCGCUCACCUCGCUCCUCCAGAGCAAAUCCAUGGGCGCCGCCAGCUGGAAGGAAUCCGGCUUCGACGUGCGCAACGACAGCACAAAGCGCACCGCCUACGACCUGCUGCGCAUGGCCAACACCACCCCUGCCACACUCACUUCCCUACUCCCCGAAAUCUCCUCCUUCCCACCCCACAUCCACAACCGCGUGCACAUCCAAGCCACGUACGCGCCCUACGUCGCGCACCAAUCCGCAUCGCAAGCCCGCUGGCUGCGCGACGAGCGGCUCGCGCUCCCGCUGGACCUGGAUUUCGAGUCCAUCUUCGGCCUGAGCUUCGAGGAGAAGGCCGCGCUGCGCAUCGCGCGCCCGGAGAGCGUCGGCCAGGCGCGCCGCGUCGAGGGCGUUACGCCGACGGGCGCGCUGAGGCUGCUGCAGUACGUCAAAGGCGUGGGCCGGGGGGAGCGCGAGAAGAGGAUCAAGGAGGAGAUUGAGCGAAGGAAGGCUGUGUACCGGGGGGUUGAGGGGGUUGCUGUCGAGGGGUUGUAA